AUGACGGGCGCAACGCUGCGGGAGGGCCAGGCCGAUCUCCCCUCGACUAAGAGCACCCGCUCAUACUGGCACCGCGAGCCUUCCGAAGCGCUCCUGGGCCAUCGCACGACUAAGAGCUUACCUCCGACCGCGGAUGUGGUCGUCGUCGGCAGCGGUAUCACAGGCGCUUUCGCCGCCAAAGAGCUGAAGGAGGGGAGUGACGGGGCGAGCAGGAACGUGUUGUUGCUUGAGGCCAGGGAGGUCUGCUGGGGAGCUACUGGACGGAACGGUGGCCACUGCCAGCCGGUAGUAUAUGGUCCCUCCACCGCCAUAGCAGACUUUGAGCUGCAGACGUACAACUACCUCCGCGAUCUCGUCACCGCCAACGCCAUCCCCUGCGACUGGGUCUCCCUCCGCGGCGUCCAUGCCCUUCUCACCGCGGACCUCGUCGCCAAGGCCGCCGACGCCAUCGCUGUCCUCCCACCUCACCUCAAGAGCGCCGUACGCCUCGUCACUGAUGCGGAAGAGCUGAAGACGCUACGGGUGCCAGGAGCCGCGGGCGCCGCCGUGCAGGAGAAUGCGGCGAGUUGCUGGCCGUACAAACUUGUCGCAUGGGUGUUUGAGGACCUCAUCUCAAAGUUUGGAGGAGGGCAGCAGCAGUCUGCAGGCGAAGGCGGAUGGUUCAACCUGCAGACCAACACGCCCGUCACGCGUCUCCAACGCCUGGAUGGCGCCGGUGACGACGGAGCGUCGUGGAUUGUACACACAGAGCGCGGGCAGGUGGCCGCGAAGCAGGUCCUGCUGUGCUCCAACGCCUACACGAGCCGUCUGCUCCCCGCCUUUUCGAACCUCAUCGUGCCGGUGCGUGGCCAGGUCGCCGCGCUGCUGCCGGAACCGCGCGCCGAGAUAGAGCGGAGCUACGUCUUCAUGGCCAGCUCCUCGGGGUCGUCGCCAAACCAGGACGACUACCUCAUCCAAAGGCCUUCCCCUGGUCUGGAGAUGAUCCUAGGGGGAGGAAGGGCGAACGGCACAGCCAGAGGAGUGGGUAUCUCGGAUGACGACGAGGUCGACCCGGUCGUUGCCUCGUACCUGCGGCGAGCGGGGGCCAAGAACAUUGACCUCCAGGGCGAUGGUGAGCAGCCGACGGACCCGGAAGAGCUCAAGGCGAGUUACGAGUGGACGGGCAUCAUGGCCUUCUCGCGUGACGGGCGGCCGUGGGUCGGCGAGGUCCCGGCGGGCGAUGUGCUCGGCGGCGGGGCCGGGCUGUGGGUUUGUGCUGGGUACACCGGACACGGGAUGCCCCAAGCCGCGCUCUGCGGGCGAGCCGUGGCCGGCAUGAUGGCCGGAACGGAGAACGGGAUCCAAGUACCUGGAGAUUUCGUGGUUGGGGAGGAGAGGGCGCGACGGGCCCAGGCUAUGCCUAGCAUCAAGGAGAUGGACGACCUGGACAUGUUCUUGCUGUAG